AGGAAGACGUCUACUACAAGUACACCAUCUUCACAAACUUUUUAUUAUAAAAAAUAACACAAAGAGAGUAAGAUAAAUAACAGAAGGCACAACAAAAAAAUGCGUACUUUGCUCUAUCUUUGUCCUUUCACGCCAUGGGCUGUCGUGGCAAAGCUUGCGGAGGUGGACCAACAUGGGAAGACCAAGCUCGUUGGAGAAUCACAGUCCUACAGCAGCAAGAAAGAUGCGCCACGGCAGAAAGAGAACAAGAGCGAUGGCACGCGACGAAAAAUGUUUGAGGAUUCUUUCCUUGAAACGGUGCAGUCGGAAGGGGUCGCUGAACAAGCCAAAGAUAACUACAAGGUUGUCCAUCGUGAAAAUCAGUACAAGUCCGAGUCUCCUACUCCUGAAUCAGAUAUGGAUACUCUCGAACGACUAGAGACUGGUGGCG